AUGCCCAGGAACCUUGUCAUAAACACCCAGGUCGACCGCAACAAUCCUCGUGUCUCCGAUUGGCAGCCAUCUCCCACAGUGAGCACAGCUUUACAAUCAGAACGCAAUGCUUCAGGUCAUCUCUUUAAACAGCAAAACAACAGCAUGUUGAUUGAGGAAGUCGAGGAGGAAGAGGAAGAAGAUUCGGACGAUAUCAUUGAGGAGGAGGAAGAGGACGACGAUGAAGACGACCUUGAUGAAGCCGAUGACUCGGAAUACACUUCUUCGCCUAGUAUUCCAGACGAGAAUAUCAACUUUGAUAUGGUUUACGCGUUGCAUACGUUUGUGGCUACGGUGGAAGGGCAGGCUACGGUGUACAAAGGCGAUGCAUUGACGCUGUUGGAUGAUUCUAAUUCGUAUUGGUGGCUCGUCAGUGUCAUCAAGACGUCCGAAGUGGGUUACAUUCCAGCAGAGAACAUCGAGACGCCAUUUGAACGUUUGGCACGUCUCAACAAGCAUCGGAACACGGAUCUGACAUCCUUGGAUCAAGCAACACAUUAUAUUCAAAAGGAGGAGAAAAAGAAGGCGACCAAGAAGCGUAGAGUGACCAUGUGCAAAGAUCUCAGUGUGCAAGCACAAAUCAUUUUGAUUGGUGAUGAUGAGGAGCAAGAGGUUGGUGAAGCGUACGAAGAAUGGCAAGAGGAUAUGCAGGAUGAUUGUUCAGAAGCCAGUGAUAUUGAAGAGAGCGACAAUGAAACCGAUCAACCCCAAGAAAUCAUUGAAUCAUCUUCUCCUGUUAAACAAUCACCAACACCCUCACCUGUUUCGCAACCACAACAGCCUGAGAAACCCAUACAACCACAACCAUCCCAAUCAUUACAACCAUCACCACAGCAACAACAACAACAGCAACCUAUUGUUCAACCACAACCAUCCGUUAGUUACAAUGGCACGCCAUCUUCUCCACGCAUAGAUGACAAACGAUCCAGCACAUUUUGGAAUAUAUUCUCGCGUGGCAAAAAGGAACCAACAAAGUCAAUUCAACCCACUUCUUCUAAUGAGGAUGCGGAUGGUCGAUCAAUCUCCUCUGUCAGCUCUUCUAUUCUUAUGGAUGAUAAGACACCUCGGGCUGCAAAUGGUCAAGCUCAACUCAAGGUGUUGCGUGUGUUUGCUGGAAACAUCAAUGUUGGUGCAAUGUAUCAUUCGAUGCUUGUGGAUGAUAAUACCAGUGCCGAGCAAUUGCUUAUCCAAGCUAUGGAGCGCUUUCAUAUCGCCCAAAUCGAGAACAAGACUGCUGGACGUACCUCGCGUGCAAUCACUCCAACGAAUGGUAGCGGGGUCGAGUAUUAUCUGACAGUGAAAUCCAUGAAUGGAGAUGAAAUCAUUAUGGCACCACAAGACAAGCCAUUGGCGAUUUUCCAAACGCUCACUACUCAUUUGACUACACCAAUGCCAUCAUUGACGCAUGUCAAACAACUUUCACAGCAUGAUACACGACCUACAUCACAACAGCAACAACAACAGCAGCAGCAACAGCAAUCAUCACGUCAUGGCAAAGACCCAGCUGUCGGAUUUUAUUUGCAUAAACGAAUCAGGCGGAUCAAUGAGAGAGAGGGCCAAGUUUAUAUCAAAGUUUCCCAUUAUACGAAUACCACCAACACCAAAGACAACAAUCUAUCAUCCACCUUCUCCAAAAACUUGCGGAAAAAGAAAAAGGAUACACCACAUGAACGAAUCGACAAACUGAUUGCAGUCUCUGCAAGCGCCUCUAUUGCCGAAUUGACAACAAUUGCACUUGACAAAUUUCACAUGAAUCAUCACAACGAGCAUGAUCGGUAUAGAAUGACCGUAUCCACGCAACCAGAUAAGCUGCUUAAUCCAUCCAAUCGCUUGAUCGAGAUCCUACACGACGAUACACCGAGAGAGGCUGGAGAAAAAGUAUUCAUUUUACGAAAGACGGGCACACAACCUACAUCACGCUCUGCUGCAUCACUCCCACCACGAUCAAGUACCAGCAAAGUGUCACCAGAAAAGAUCUCUCGAAUGAAACGUCCACCGUUAUCGAUUCCUCAGCUUGAUACCAAGACAAAAGACAUUGUACGGCGCGUUGAUACAGUAUUAAAGACAUGCUCAAAGGAUAAGAAAUUGGGGAUCACCAACACCAGUGGUAUAGCCGUAUCAAGGAAUUUGGAUGCAGGCGUUGAUGUGAUUCUUUUACACGGCACACUACGAACACGGCCUCUUCCAAAGAAUCAAAUCGAAUAUGCAUUGAUGACCAACAACAGCAUUGUGGUAGCGAGAAAAGUGAUUCAUCAGCCAUCCAAGCAGUUGUUCAGCGCCAAUUUGAAAAAUGUGACCGAGCAGGAUCUCGACAUUCUUGUACGAUAUGCAACAGCUCAUUUGGACGUGCAUGAUCAAAAAUCGGGUCGUAAACCAGUUUCCUCUGUGAAUGGAUCUCUUUCUUUGGAUAUAUUGGAUUCAUCGGCGGAUCAGGUAUCGAGCCUUGGUGACUUGGAAAAGGAGUUUCAACGAAUCAUUGCGUCUCACACCUUUUAG